UCCAUCCAUGGGUGAAAACAUCAGAGCACCAUGACGAGACAAAACUGACAGAAGACUAGGCUGACUUCUUAUUCUCCUCUCCACACCAUGAAGGAAUUUUUACAACUUAAUCUGGCAAUCUUGUCAAUUUAAUUGUUUUGUGUUAUGAUACUCACCUACUAAUCCAGAGCCCGAUGACUGACUGUCAAACAGAGAAUGUGCCCGAGUCAGCAGGAUGGCAUCUUUGACUAUGGCGAGGAGCCAGAGCACUUAAGCCUGCAGCACCUCUCCAUAUUGUUCUGUCUGCCAUACAACAAAACCAGAGCCUCUGCUGCAAAAUAGAGCCAAGAGCAGCACUGGGCUUUCAGACAGACAGGGGCAGGUCAGGGGGCCGUUGGUGCACAAGUCAGUCAGUCACGCACACAUUUAUUUGGUUACACUCUGGGUGGAUUCUAUCUGUGUUGUGAUAUAUUUCAAAUGAUGACCACCAACAAGAACGCCAGACUGUUUGAUACCACAAUGACAGCUGGCCCAGAGGACUCUCAGGGACGUAAUAUGAGAUCUAGACCAGAACAAGAGGAGAAACUGAUCCUUACAGCCUGGAAAAGCAUGUCCUCUGCUCUGCAACAGCACAGUCUGUGUGAGGACUCCGCAGCUCCAGGGCCAGCUCAGUCUUUCCUGGCCAAACAGAGGCAGUCCACCCAGGCCAGGAGAGUGCUCUCCCCCCGGCUGCAGCCCAGGUAGGAGGCUUCAUCUGCAGGGAGAAACUGAGGAGUGCAGCCCACUCAUGGGCAGGAUGGAAAGCAAGAUUGUGGAAGAAGGUGUGAAUUUUCUGUCAUUUUUUUCACUGACUAAGGUGUAUGGUCUAUUUGGUUUGCUGCUACUGCCCCCAGCUGGCCAAUAUUGGUACUGAGAUGUUGGAAGUGAUAUUUGGGGACUAAAUAGCAAGUGUCAUAGAUUAUUGUUUUUAUCUGAAUUAUAACUAAAUGUGUGCUUGUAAAUAAUCACCAGAUUGUCUGCUGCAUUCCUCAUUGUGUCAUAUUUAGAAAUUUAUUUUUUGUAAGUAAGAUACAAUUUCCAUUAGAGUAAUGAAAAACAACCUGUCAUGUCAUUAAUAUAAAACUGCAGUGUUAUACUUCAUUCAGCAUUUGUUUAACUUAAGUUUUUUGAGAAUACACAAGAUAAAACAUUAGAAAUCAUUCUAUUAACAGAGUUUUUUUUUUUUUAAAUAAUCAGGGUGAAUAAAGUGAACAGAAAAAAUUUUCAUUUAUUUUUUCUAGCACCAUUUCUGUCCAAACUUUGGCUAAUGCUAAAAUAUUAGCACAGACUACAGUAGUGACAGAUAAUUUAGAAAUAUUUUAUAUUAUACUGUUCUGAAAAAACAAAACAAAACAAAAAAAAAAUUAAAAUAAUUUUCUUUAAACACA